AUGAAGUUCACCGCUGCCGUCGUCACUGGCCUCCUUGCCACCAGCGCCUCUGCUCUUUUCGACAAGUACCAACCCUGGGGCAAGCGCGAUUACUCCUGCAUCAACGCCUACUCGGGACCUACCGAAAACAGCACAAUUGCCGCUGGCACCACUGUUGAGAUCAAGUUCGACCGCAACAGCGGCCGCUGCGACUCCUACUUGGACGCCUACCCCGCGUCCAACUACAGCCUGUGGCUCUACAACAACCCUGUCAGCGUUAUGAACGGCGUCAACUCGGAUGCCGAGGUCAGGAUCCGUCAGAAUGACAUUCCCAGCAACGCUAGCAGCGUGGCCUUCUCGCUUCCUACCGACCUGCCCGAAGUUGACGACGACACCGUUUGGUAUCUUCGUCUGAGCACCUCUCUUAACACUGCUCCUCAGAUGCCUUCCCUCUUCAACGUUCUCGGCCCCUUCCGCAUUGUCCAGUAA